AUGGACAAUGACCGUCGGCCGCGGCAAAACCACUCAGGUUACGCGAGCCAGCAAGGCACGCUGCUUCCACCGCAGAGUUCAUAUCCCGUGGUAAGCGCAUCCGAUCGCUUCAGACAGGCGCCCCUGACUGCACCUGCCCCACCCACCUCUGCGCCCUCUUCUGGCAGCCGCCCCAGCUCGCAGAGUUAUGGUUACGCUUACGGGGAAGGUUCACAGUUUGUCGGCUCGUCGAUCCAAUCCUCCGGCGUGUCCUACGGCGCGCAAGGCUACAGCCCGGACCAGCAACAACCGCAGCAGCGUGCAGCGCAGCAAUACUCGCCUUAUGGCCAGAAUGUCAUGUACAGUGUGGCUGGCGCGCAGGGCUCUGCGACAGGGUCGUCACAGUAUGAGCCUGUGGAACCGUACCAGCAAAACAGGGACUCGGCAAUAGAGGUCCUCAGCACCGGCUUUGGGGUCGCACAACCGCAAUACUACAAUGUGGCUGGCGAGGGUGGUCCCACGAGCGCGCCUGCGUCUGCCAUUGCAACGCAAAACGUCCCUUCCCAGUACCCCUCGCUAGGAUAUACAGCGCAGCAGGCCCCGGUCGGACGAGAACCGCUUGCGCCCGCCUACACCGCCGCCGGCGCAAUGACAGAUCCACACCAGCCCACCGCUCAGGCCGGCUACUCACAGCAGGGCAACUAUAGCGAGCAGCACGGAAGCGGCAACGAGUACGAUGAUUUCUACAACAACUACCAGACCGAGUUGAAGAAGACGUUCCAAUUUGUGCAUGAUGGGCGUGUCAGCGAAGCCGGAGCGCAGCUACACAGGCUGUCGGAAUGGCUGCUGCACUGGGCCGAGACGUUGGUGCGCGACGACGAGACCCACUACGCGCAGCGCCUCAAGCUGUGGGAAGAAUUCAAUACCUGCUGGCUCUCGACAUUGCAGAAACAGAAGGCUAUGACGCAGGAAAUGAUCAACGCGGGUCAGCGGCCACAGCCGCCCCAGACGCUCAUCGACUACGAUACACUGGAGAAGAUGGGUACCCAGCUCGUCAAGAACUGCGACAACAUGGAGAAGCACGGUCUGGUCGACUAUCAGAUGGGUGUAUGGGAAGAGGAAAUCAUAGCGAUGUUGACCUCUUGCCUGGAUCUCCUUGAAGAAGUGGGCGCCGGCUCUUCAGCCCAACGACCCACUGCGAACACGCGCAGACGGUAA